AGCUCUCAGAAAGAUGGGGGUCCCGGCUAAUCAAGUAAUUGUGGUGUGGCGUGGCCCCUUUACCCUGGGGGCCAACUACAACUCUCCCCCUGAUGGCUGCCCUGCAUGCAAUUGCUCAUAACUCACACAGACAAUACACACAGAGCAGCACACGUCCCAGUGUAGAAGUCCUGACUAUCUCCCAGACUCUCACUGUUCCACGAAUGUAUUUCUAAAUGUCCCACGAGUGUCUCUGUCACUGUGACAUGCGCACUCCGGUGUCCUUACGUGACCUACUGCAGCCUCCCCUACUGCAGCCUCCACUACUGCAGCCUCCACUUCAUCGCCUUCCCAUUCCCAACAUCAGUUCAGCAGCCUUUCCCUUUAGUCACAUUCAGCUGCUGCGCCGCAAAACUACCGGACUCCUUUUUUUCCCCCAUCUGGACGCCACCAUUCAAUCCAAUGGGGGGGGGGGGUGGUGUCCUGCCUAGUCCGGUUGUACUAUUGUAAGUGAUGCCUUUAGCUGACGCAACCCCCUGUGCGCUGGAGGGAGCCAGUCCCAGUGCAGUGUGUGUGUGUGAGGCUGCUGAGGCUGACGCUGUAGGACGUGCGGCUGCUGCUUCUCUUCUCGCUCUCACCUCAUCGCGGCUGCUGUCGGCUUUUUCUCCGGGCUGCUGCCGGCAGAUGACAUGGUUCGCUCUGCUGAGCAACUAGUCUGUAUUCCUGCUGCUGCUGCUGCUGCUGCUGCCCAAUUAGCCACUUUGCACCUGCUGCUCGCCUUUUGUACAGAUGCCUCUGGCAGCACAAAUAUAGGCUCCUCUGCUUCCAGAUAACCUUCAUCUUUGUAUCCACCAUGGACUCCACACACCUAAUGCCCAGCAGCACAGAAUUCAGUAAAGUGAGGAAAAGGUUGCCCACUGUCUCUCCGCUACUCUGCCCCCCAGGUGAACACGCUCGCAUACUUUCCCUGUCUCCAUUGGCAUUGAGGACUGCGCGCGGGAGAUAACCUAGCUGCUAUAUCAUGGAUACUGGCAAAAAGACCGACCCAUCUGCAUCUGUGCAAAGAGCCAACCCAGAUCGCAGCCUUGCUACAACCAUCUAUGUGCCAGAACAGGGAGGAUACAAAGAAAGGUUUUUAAAACCUGUAGAGAUGAAAUACAAAUGUGAAAAAUGCCGCUUGGUACUGUGUAACCCCAGACAGACGGAGUGUGGCCACAGAUUCUGUGAAACUUGCAUGAAUGCAGUACUAAGUUCGUCUAACUCACAAUGCAUGGCCUGUGAAGAUAUCAUCACUAAAGAUAAGGUGUUUAAGGAUAACUGCUGCAGGAGGGAAGUCCUGGCCCUUCAGAUGUACUGCAGAAAUGAAAACAGAGGUUGCAAGGAACUUAUCACAUUGGGAAAUCUCUUGAUUCACCUAAAAAGUGACUGCCAGUUUGAGGAACUUUCUUGUCCGCGUGCAGACUGUAAAGAAAAAGUAAUCAGAAAGGACUUAAGUGACCAUAUAGAAAAGACAUGCAAAUACAGAGAAACUCUGUGUAAAUUCUGCAGAAACCAGGUCUCGUUGGUAGAAAUGCAGAAACAUGAAGAAGUGGAUUGCCCUUCCGUUGUAAUAUCUUGCCCUCAUAUGUGUAGCGUGAAAAGCCUUUUGCGAAGUGAGUUGAAUGCACAUUUGUUAGAAUGUGUAAAUGCCCCAAGUACCUGUAGCUUCAAACGCUAUGGAUGCACUUUUAAGGGAACAAACCAACAGAUUAAAGCACAUGAGGCUAGCUCAGCUGUACAGCAUGUGAAUUUGAUGAAGGAAUGGAGUAAUUAUCUGGAAACAAAGGUGUCCAUGUUACAAAAUGAAAGUUCAGAAAAGAAUAAAAGUAUUCAGUUAUUGCACAACCAGAUGUGUAGCUUUGAAAUUGAAAUAGAGCGACACAAGGAGCAGCUGCGAAAUAAUGAAACAAGGAUUAUACAACUACAGAGAGUGAUAGAGGGGCAAGCAGAUAAGCUAAAGGACUUGGACAAGGAAAUAAGAAAUCUGCGCCAAACUGGAGAUGAAGCUGAUGGCAUGAAGAGCAAUUACGAAUCUUUACAAAAUCGUCUGUCACAGUUAGAAAUUAUGGCCAAAAAUGCAGCAUCUUGGAAUCCAGGUGUUUUAGAGACGCAGAUCAACAGACAUGACCAGAUGCUCAGUGUUCAUGACAUCAGGCUGGCCGACAUGGAUCUUAGAUUCCAAGUGCUGGAAACAGCAAGUUAUAAUGGGGUGCUGAUCUGGAAAAUCAGGGACUACAAAAGAAGGAAGCAAGAGGCAGUUAUGGGGAAAACCCUCUCGUUGUACAGCCAGCCUUUUUACACGGGAUAUUUCGGCUACAAGAUGUGCGCAAGAGUGUAUCUAAACGGCGACGGGAUGGGAAAAGGGACUCAUUUAUCACUAUUCUUUGUAAUAAUGAGAGGAGAAUAUGAUGCAUUGCUUCCUUGGCCUUUUAAACAGAAAGUUAGCCUCAUGUUAAUGGACCAAGGACCAUCACGGCGCCAUUUAGGGGAUGCAUUCAAACCGGACCCAAACAGCAGUAGCUUCAAAAAACCUACAGGAGAAAUGAACAUUGCUUCUGGCUGCCCAGUGUUUGUAGCCCAAACUGUCCUGGAGAAUGGGACGUACAUUAAAGAUGAUACUAUUUUUAUUAAAGUCAUAGUAGAUACAUCUGAUCUACCAGAUCCUUGAUACUGGGGAGACAUGCAAACUAGGUAGAAGGCAAAGCCAGCAUGGGGUUUUGUACAUCAAUUUUCACAGAGAGGUGCCAAGACUUGCAUAAGGACCAGCUGUGCUAUCACAGAGAACAGAAGGAACAAGGGAAGAGGGUCCAAUGCACAAAUCAUCAUCUGAGUGUAUCGUUGUAUUGAGAAUGUUGGAAAGCAUAUCUUCUGACCCAAAGAGCUGUUUGCUCUUUUGUGCAAAUAUAGGUUGUGGUGUCAAAGAUCUAUUGGGGGCUGGGCAGGAAGAGAGCUAAUUUCUGUCUAGAGAUUGCCUAUAAUACAAUAGCCAAUAUCAACCAAAAUUAACAACAACGGCAAAAUGGAUUUGGAAUAUUAUUCUGGUAGUAGACACAUGCAUUUCAAUAAAUGUCAUAGAAAACUCCGUCCAGUAGAAAAUGGGCAAUCCUACCAGGAAAUGAUUUUCUUUUCAAUGACUCCUUUUCUGUCGGAGGGGCCAGCAAAUGCUUUCCUUCCGGCAGCAAAAAGGAUGGGGGGCAGUGAAGUUUCGUAUUGGUCGAUUGAACACACCCGCAUGCCUCAUGUAGUCUUCAUAUUGUAGCUAGUUAGUUUGGGGGAAAGCACUUAUGUGCAAACCACCAUGUCACAAUUCACAUUGUUACAAGCGACCGUCAUCACAACAUUUUUUUUUUGUUUUUGUUGCUGGUGAAUAAGCUGAAAUUUCUUAACAGAAAGCUAACAGACUUUUGUUAUUACUUGUGAUAAGAAACAAAAGCUAUUCAAUACCCUAUUAUUUCUCUUUUGAAAUGUAAUCCAACUACAUGUCGUAGGUUAUGACACAAUUAACACUGUUAUUAAAUAUAGGGGGGGGGGAAAGCUCUUUUUCGAUGCUGUGCAUCAUUUUCAGGCUUCAAAUUUUCACCCUAAACUAGGGCAUGUGUUGAACUUUGGAGUUCUAAAUAAAAUACUUUAAAGUUUUCUAUGUUCUGCCCUAUGCAUCCAGAUGAAUUGCCUGUGAGUCCAGGAAGCAGAUACGGGGGAAAUUUAUGGGGGUGGUGGGUAGUUGGACUUCAGUCAUAC